GUAGAAAUCUUCGAGUACGCGGCCGGCAUACAGCGGCGCGCCGAGACGCAGUUCCGCCGCGACUGGACCUUCGGCUUCACCCUGUGGAACUACCUCUUCCGGACCAUGGUCAACACGCAGCACAACGCCUUCAUGUACUGCGUGCCCGACGAGAAUAACCAACGCAGACCGCUGACCGGCAAGGAGAUCCUGGACGGGCUCAAGGAGAUCCAGCAGAAGCUCGUCAAAGGGCAGUACCACGACAUGAGCAACCAAGUCAGGCCCAUCAACGGAGACUUGAGCAAGGUGCGCUUCGCCGGAGUCGGCCCUGCAGCCGAGAAGGCACACUCGUUAGCUGAGCAUCUGCUGUCCCGCUUGUUGCAGAUCCUGGCCAACACCGAAGCUCGCAGUCGGAACAUACCGGGCACGCACGAAGUCCGGAACACCAUGCGCCACCAGACCCACGCCAACCGCAUCUGCCACGGCACGCCGCUCUUCGUGACCUUCCCCCCCUCCGAGCGGGACAACACGCUGAUGCUGCGCUUGGCUCGUGCGCGGCAAAACGACCCGAGCCUCAGCGAGGAGACCGAGACCAACCGAGCUGCGCAGGGCCGCAGCAAGCCCGAGCUGGACGUCGAGUUCUACAGCCUGAGCCCAGAAGCAUUAGCCGCGGAACUACCGCCCUACGACGACCGACGAGCAAUGCUCACAAAGGAUCCUUUGGCCUGCGCGGACGGCUUCCGCACCCUGGUACAGCUGGCACUGCGCCAUCUCUUCGGGGUCCGCUACUGCCCCCGGUGCCCCGACUGCGGCAACGCCAAGGAGGCGUGCAUGGACGCCUUCGGCAGCAACGCCAUGGCUUGUGGGGGCAUCUUCGGCCGGGUCGACGCCGUCUACGGGUCCAUCGAGUGCCAGAAGUCCGGGGUGCUGCACAUCCACUUCCAGGUCUUCGUGGAGUGCUUCCACCAAUUCAAAUCCCUCUCGGAGCUGCAAACGCUGGACUCGGAGCGGAAGGUGGCCCUCUUCCAGAAAUACUGCGCCUACACCGCGCACGCGAGCCGAACUAUCUACGAGAACCCAGAGGAAUGGGAGCAGAAGCGCGACGAAACGGAGAAGCAGUGGCCCGAGUACCGCCACUCCACGACGGCGCUGAGCCGCCCAAGCUACCAGAGCGCGAACGACUCCGUCGACGGGCAAACCUGGCGAAAGCUCUACCUGCACGAGGACGUCGAGGUUCUCCAGCAGCUGAAGCAGCAUCACGUGCACAACCCACCCACCCAACCCGGCGGUCCCCGCACGCCGCUGGACCAUUGCCGAAGCAAGGAAGACCCCACCAAGUGCAAGGCGGGCUUCCCGCGAGACCAGCAGCUGAUCGACACAACCGC